GGUCAGUUCAGUCGCAUCUUAUUCUUUAAGGUUGUACAAAGUUUGGUGUAAUGUGUGCAGGAGGAUAAACAUAGGAGAUAAAGGAAAAGGGGGGAUGAUAAUUCAAAAAAAAAAGUGUAACGGAUAAGGGAGAGCAUCAAGUGAUUGAUUAAAAAAUCAAUAAUCAAGUGCAAUGUCUAGCUGUUAAGGGUCGUAGAGUAAUCCAAUUAAGCCUAGAAUUUAAAUUUUAAAGUGAUCACUGUAUUUUACUGAUGAAACCUCCUAGCUGAUAGGCUGAAACAUGAUUUACGUGAAAAAGUCAACUCCAUAAGCGUGGGAUUGGUACGUGGAAACUCAAUGUGGAGUACUAUUACAUGCAUAGUGAAAUGUGAUGGAUCAGAAUCGAUUUCAAACCGGAUGUGCGGUCAGUGUCAAAUUAGCCAUAAUCACUGGUGAUUGUGCUCCCGUGAUUACCAAUCUUGGAUAAAGUGGUUCUGAUUGCAAAAUAAUAGAAGUGAUCAGUGGUCGUUUGACAAAAUUGAUAAGCCGAAAUAAGAGUGAUUUGCUGAUCUUGAUUGCCCAUAAACGGCCGAAAGUUUCACUACUGAAAAUUUUAAAAAAAUGCAAGAAGUGUGUAGCACAGUGGUCGAUCACAUGGGUGCUCAAGUGAAAUCAGAAACGCCCAGUAGUUUAGUGGGAUCACUACCCGGAACAGUUCUGGUGGAAGCAGACGCUACCUCGUCGCAAUCCUUAUCGCCACUAGCGGGACAAACUGUGGUCCACAUAGGAUCCCGCAAGGGGCUCAACGCUUCCAAAGCGCUUAGGGCGGAUCUGCUCGCCAAUCCUGUAGUGGUUCUUGGGAAUGACAACUCGCAACAGCAGGUCCAUCCGGAUUCUCAAACGUCCUACUGGAUGCAGCACCAAACGGAAACCGGCUUCAUCAAUUCACAACCCUCGAUGGCCGAGUUCCUAACUCACAUCGAUUCCGAAAGUCCAAAGUUAAUCUCGGCGGGCACCGGAGUUGGCGGCUCUGGGUAUCCCGGCAUUGUCGGACCGAACGGUGGUGCCGAAAACGGCGAUUCCGUUCCCGAGUAUCCCUGGAUGAAGGAGAAAAAAACGGCCCGCAAAAGCCAAUCCCAAGCCGAAUUUGUAGCCGAAAAUGGUCUCCCCCGUCGGCUUCGGACGGCAUACACCAACACCCAACUGCUGGAGCUGGAAAAAGAAUUUCACUUCAACAAGUACUUGUGCCGACCCCGGAGGAUAGAAAUCGCGGCCAGUUUAGACCUCACCGAGCGGCAGGUCAAAGUAUGGUUCCAAAACCGACGGAUGAAACACAAGCGCCAAACGCUGUCGAAAACGGACGACGAGGGAUCCGGCAAGGACGAACUGAAGGAUUCCAGUUCGAAGAAAUCGUGUCAAGGUUGUGAGCUGCCGUCGGACGAUAUUCCGGAUUCGACUUCUAACUCGAGAGGGUUAAACAACAGCACCCCGAAUACCUCUGCCACGCCCAACUCAACCAUCGAGCUCGGCACUCCCACCGGUGGCACCGGACUGAACGCGGCCGAUUCCAGUGUGGCAUCCUCCGGGAGCAUCGACGACGACGACGACCAAAUGCAGCAUAUCAAAGUUAUCAACAACAACAAUAACAACAGCAGCAGCAAAGCAUCGAAGAAACAUGAUAGUUCUUCAUCGAAUGGUGGCGGCAAGAAGGAGGGAUCGAUAAACUCGAAACUGUUGAGCCAGGGCGGCAAAAUUCAUGAUUCGUUUAAAAAGGAUUCCGGUAUAAAUCCGAUUCAAGUGCCACCGGCUGCGGCGAAUGUGAUUUCUUCGUCUGCUGAGCCACUUGCCAACAAUAAUAACGUCGGCGUACCGGCGGGCUACAAUCAUCAGAUAGGACUGUAUCCGUUGAUGGCGCGAGGGAAAUCUGGCCCGGGAACGCAGCAGCAGCAGCAGCAGGGACAGUCCCAUACGAGCAACUUCGACCAUCAUGUCCCAUCGCCCGGUUCCGGAUCCGGCACCGGAUACUACCCGACCAAGUCCGAGAUGGGUCCGUACCAUCAUCAGUUUGGCAAAGCAUCGAAUCCGUACAUUAAUCAAAAUCCGACAUCGAUGCAGAAGUCAGACUUCGCACCUGGCACAGCUGCUGGUGCUAUCAAUGUGAAAAACUUUUGCAACCGACUACACCCGGAUCCGAAUCAUCCGAUUUCGAGAGCGCAAGUCCAUCAUGAUGGGUUUCCACCGUCUGGCAGUGGAGCAACCACAACUGGCCAUCACCAGACGGCCACCCAUUACUACGCCAACGAUAACGCAACCAAUGGCAGUGGUGCCGGCAGUGUUCCAUUUAAUAGUGCACAGUGCUACCACAACGAGUACGACACUCACGGGGAAUUCAACGGCAAUUACUACGACCCCAAGCUUCAAUCGUACUACCAAUAUGAUGGAUCCGCGGGUGGCUACCAUCAUCCCCAUUCCCAUCCGCACCCACAUCAUCAUCAUCAUCAUGGUAGCGGAGGCGGAGGCGGAGGAGGAAGUGGUUCCAUUUCGGCAGCUAACAUGCAGUCUCCCAUCGGCGACUACGCGCCAGGUAGCAACUUUCCCAUGGUUGUGGACAAUGGGGACGGCUUCAAUCUUCCCCCCAAUCAUCACCAGCAGCAACAGCAAUUCUACGAAGCGCACCAGUUCAACAACCAUCCAUUCCAUCCCGGUAGCGGCAACAGCAACAGCAGCAACAACAGUAACAGUGUUGCCAGCAUGAUGGAACUCAACCACCAGCCACAUCCGGAACUGCUCUACCAUCACCAUCCGCUGCACCAUCACCACAAUCCGCACCAGUCGACCGGAAGUGGCGGGGCAAACGCCUACGGACCCAAUUCCGGUGGCCCGAACGCAAACCUGGUCCCGGCCAGUCUGGAAAACUCCAACUCGUCGUCGGAUUUCAACUUUCUGAGCAACCUUGCGAACGAUUUCGCACCCGAGUACUACCAACUUAGUUAAUAAAUCUUACUAACAUCUUCUCUAGACUAAUAAUCGACCCAACGAAGAAAAACAAACCCAGAAAAAAAGAAUCGUGUACAUAGCGAACCAAGCUUAUAAGACGUAUGUAUAUUUCCACACAAAUAAAAAAAAACUAGGAAAACCCUCCCCCUUUUCCAACUAAAUCCAAAUUCUAACAUAAUACAGACACGUAAAAAAAUCCUUGUAAGAUAGACGACAUUUGAAUUGCACAUAUGUAGAUUGAACAUAUGUAGAUAGAGUGGUCCAAAUUUAAAUGUUUUAAAUUGAACUUGAUGAAUCUUACGCUCUUCAGGCUAAAAUUGAGCAUUGUUCUACCAAAAGUUUAUAUUAGGGAUACGUUCACUAAUUUAAUGCAGCUCAUUUUAUUAUGGAUAUCCAUCUGUGGGUUCCCUUUUUUAGUAUGAUUUUAAUAUAUAACUAGACUCAAACAUGUCAAAAUUCAUGGUAGUAAUUCUUGAAUGAUAAAGAUUUUAUCCAUUUAUGCCGAACAUUGAUUUGAUGAUAGAUUUGAUCUUCCUGACGUUUGAUUUUAAAACCUGAUUAUAAAAACAUGGCCAAAAGUGGUUUCUCUAAAAGCUUUGAAAAAGGUGAUUUUUCAUAAAAGUCGGUAUUUGCUACACAUAUUCUGAGAUGAAAAUUUUCUUAAUAUUCUGUGAAAUUUCAGAUUUUUUUCUGUGAUUCCGGCAACCUUGCUUCCAUGUCCCGCCUUCUAUCUUUUUCUCAAAAUGUCCCACUUUUUUCCUGAGAAAACUUUUUUGGUAUUAUCAACCUUCUUCGAUUCUACAUCUUCAAAAUAGUUGGUUCAUGCUUGAUGAAAACGCUUCUUAUAAAAUCAUUCCUCAAUCAUUUUCAACUCCUGUCAUUUUUUUCUAAUCUUCUUUUACCCAUUUAUGAUUUUCAAAACUAGAAAUGUUCUUAUCUAAAGAACAUGACAUUCCACAUUCAUCGAUAAGGUUGUAAGAAUUAAAUUGGUAACACUUUUAUCACUGACCAUACUGACUGGACACUCGAUUUCGUUUUCUGGAUAAUUUUUCCAACAGUACGCAAUGUCGAUUCCAGAGUGCGCAUCGAUCGAUUUGAAGAAAUUCUAUCCAAGUUAGGAAAUGCCACCCAACUUUAAAAAUAAAACACGCAAUUUCUACAAUAAAAUCGGGCUAAACAGGGCCAUCUUUCCCACAGGGCAUUUUUUGUCAAAUUUUUCAGGUUCGCCACCUGCCGUCGGUAUUGCGAGCCUGCAAAAUCUGACAACAAAAAAUUAGACAGAAAAUGGUUGAAUUUUUGUUCUAAGUGUCAUGUCAGUGUGGUCAGUGCUUUUGUGCAGCUUCAUUGAGUGACACUGGAAAAACCUAAAUUAAGCCUAAAUUUAAAUUCAUUGGUUCAACACAGAAAAUCAUUUAAAAAAUUAAAUAACUCGUAAUUAUUAAAUAAAAAAAAGGGCACUUUAAAAUAUAUUUUUACAUUAAAACUAAUCAGCAUAUUUUAAAUCCUAUUUUAGGCUUCCGAAAAAUUGUUCAUCAUUAUUCAGAUUGAACUUGCUAAAAAAUAUCGUUUUUGGACGCAAAAAUAACAAAUUAUAAUAACUCAGUUUGAGUAAUUUGUUAAAUUUUGGAAAGAAAGUGAAUAUAUCUGUGCAAAAUCCAGGCUUUUUUCUACGAAAUCCGGGCAACCGGGCCGGAUCGAACUUUUCCUAAAUUUUGUGUCAAAUAUCCGGGAAAGUCCGGGUAAGACCGGGCAAUCUGGCAAGUCUAUCAGCAUCACCAUAGCAAUUGGGUUCAGUCAAGCGUCCUUUGAACACGUUUUAGCGAUGUUUUUUUUCUACUGAAGAAAAUAUUCUUUAAGUUGCUCCCAAAUGGUGAUGGCUCAAGAUUUUUCUCCGGAAUCCCAGCAGAAACCUUUGAAUUUGAAACUUAAGGAAAAAUUAAAAUUCCGGAUAAAAUUGAACAGGACUACCGAACGAAAAAAAAACUAUUUCCAAUCCAAUCAUGAAUGAAAGGAUGAGUAUAAUUAAAUAUAUUUGGGAAUGGUCAUAAAAAUUAGGUUUUUGAAAGUUUCCGAGAAGUCUCGAAUUUUUCGGCGAUUUUUUUUUUGAAUAAAUCACAAAACUGAGCCUUUAACUUAUUAUUUAAAAAAAUACCAAAAAUAGAACAUAAUUUCAAAUUAUAAGUAUCUGGAUAUAGUAUAUUUUUUAAAUCAACAAUUAACUUUCAGCUCACUGGCGGCGUUUGAGUUAUCCCAUUGUAGGUACUCCUUUCGGCGUCACAGGAUAUGGUAACCCCCAAGGGAAGCUGAAGUAUGUAUGGAACAUUCAGACAUUUUGUUUAUGGGAGGAGAAUGGUUUGAAGACUUAUUUGUUGCAUACCGAACACCACAAACUUAUUCUAAAUACAUCUUAAAGUGUUAUCAUGGGUAAAAACGUACAUAACAGAAGAUUUUUUCCGAAGAAAAUUUUGUGAGUCAUGGGCGUAGGAAGAACCGACUCAUGGGGUUUUGGUAACAACAUUUUGCCUAUGUAUGACAUUUUUGCUUGAAAAUGCAUAAAUUAAAAAUUUAAAAAAAUGGAAGGUUUCAUAUAAUUACUUAGGUUUCAAUUAUUUUAAUUUCUAGCUUUCGAGAAUAAGUUCAAGAAGUUGCCAUUUUUUUCAAGAAAUUUUAAAAAAACAAUUAAGGAUUUGAAGAUUUUAGUUCUUUUUACCCACAAGCAUGACCAUUUGAGACUUUGGUAAGAAAAAUUGUAAUAUUUAGGAAUUAAAGUAACAGAUUGAGUUUGCGAUUCACAUCAAUUUACUUUCUACUCUUGAAAAUUUGAUCAAAAUUUAAGAUUUUAGUUUGAAACUUUGUUUAAGAAAAAACUGCAGGAUAAAUAAUGUUAACUAAAACCAGUCAAAUAUGUUUUAAGUUGAAUUUAUAAAAAAUAAAUCUAGGUUUCUAAAAAAUCUAUUUUUUUUAUAUUAGUGAUUUCUUCUGGUAUGUGUUCCAAACUGACUUCGAUUGAAUAUAAAAUUGUAAUUUUGUAUCUAGAAUCAAAAUUAUGAAACUGCGAUCGCAUGUUUUUAAUCCUUUAUGAAAUUCUCACAUUUAUAUUUUAAUCGUGAUUAUAAAACUUAACUUCGAACUGAAUAUGAAUUUUUAUUUCUGAUUCCGAUUAUUUCUAGUGCUGCCUUCUGAAACGAAGUUCCGAAUUUAAAAACUAUUUUUGAAUCUAAGUUCCAGAUAACAAUUGUUACUAAUUAUGAGAAAAAAGCGAAAUUUAGAGCAAAAUCUCUUAUCUGAAUUUUGUGUUGUGGGCUUUCAAUGUGAAUUAUUUUUUCAGUUGUUUAUUCGAAAUUUUACUGUGAAUCUGAAGGAAGUUUGGGAAUGAUGAAACGGUUUCAGAUUUUUCAAUUCGGGAUCACCAUUAUAAAACUUUCUUUAGAUUCUGCAUAAGAAUCAAAAGUAAACUUCGAAAUCUUAAAAAUGGUUUGUAAUUUUAAAUAUUCCCUUUUCUCAUUUCGAAAAGAUGAGUUUCAAACAUCAAAAAUUGAAAUGCAAAACCGAGAUUCGAAUCAGGAUUUUUCCCAAUGAUUAUCCAAACUGAAGAUCAGUAACAAAAAACAGGAUACAGAAUACGAAUUCUUAUUACAGACAUCGAAUUUUAAUGUUUAUAAGCAAAUUUGGAACCACAAAAACCGGAAUUAUUCUGUCCUAAGCUUUCCAGAUAUUUUUCCCCAAGUAUCGAAGCCGUGCAAAUCCGGGAAAAUCAUUUUAAUCUUUAAAAAAAUCGUUCACAUUAAUUCUGAUAAAAUUUACUCAAAAAAUUUAGACGCAAAAUACUUGAUUGGUAUUAAUGAAUCAAUUUACAUUUUUGUUUGAUUUUACAAAUAAAGUGACAAAAUUCGGGCAAAAUCUGAGCGAUUUGGCAAGCUAUGUCUAAUCUUUUUGGAAUUUGAUAUUUGGGGCUAAGAUUCUAUCAUAUCAACAAGUUAGAAAUUUUUUCUAGGUUCUAAGUCGAGAUUGUUACUCUUGAAUGAUUUAUUUAGUCGUUCAUCAAAAUUUGAUUUAUAAUUUGAAAUUUUUAGUUAAGAGAAGAACAUUUUGCUUGGCAUAUUUGAACCCUAAGGGGGGAGGGGUGUGGUUUAAUUGGCUUCCAAACUCUUGAUACCAAGCAUAAUAAUAGAUUUUGUAGACCUGUGGUAUGUAAAUAUAUUUCAGGAGCUUCUUCACAUCAGCUCAAGGUUUGCACAUCAAAGUUUUAUCUAUUCUCUAUUGGCAAUUAGCUGUUUCAAAAGCAGCAUUAAUUCUCUGCAUAAAUGUUUAAUUCUGCUUUUAUUCUUAUUAUUCUUAACUUUACAACCAAAGUGUCGACUCCUAAAAACGAGUAUAAAAUUAAAAAGUGAAUUAUGGGAAAUGUUCUCUAUCUAAUGACAUGAAAUUUCCUAUACUCAACUCUUCUUCCAUAAGAAGGAGAGAAUAUGUAAAAACAACGAAAAUGUACACAGAACACUGAAAGUGUCGAAUACUUAUGUCCAUUAGUGUAUGUCAAAAUCGACGAACAGUCACUGCUGGAGCCUAUUUCUAUUGACAAAUGACGAGAAAUAAUAUUUAUUAGGAUUCGAUUACUGCCUUCAUUUCUAUAGAGGGUUGAUUUGAGUCGAUUUGGGGUCAUUGUCGAAUUUCUCAAACCCUGAAAAGCUUUGUAUUGGUACAAAACUCAUCCAUGAUUUUGUGCAGAAUUUUUAGUAACGUUUACAUGAGUAAAUUUGAACUUCGACUGUAACUUCGUAUCUUAUUUCCUACACAAAAAAAAAGUUAUUAAAUAUGAGUUUUAGGGGGGCAUAUUUUUUGGCAUUGACAAACAAUAAAUUCAAUUGAGGAAUCGCUAAGCUUUGCAUGAAAAGUAGACAUGCAAUACCUAGCUACGCAUUCACGGUGAUGUCAAUUGAAUUUAUUGUUUGUCAAUGCCAAAAGACAUGCUCCCAUCUGUAGAACCUCGUGGUACGCAGUUGUAGCCAAACACGUCCGUCCUGCUUCGUGGUUGCCGUCAAAGAGAGCGAUUAUCAUUCGGCUUGGUUGUUCGUCCCCGUAAAUCGAUUACACACACAGAGAAACACUUUGACAACCGAGGGGUUUCCUAAUGGAUUAUUACAAGUGUUAUACACUGAGGUGAAUCGCAACAACUUUUACAACUGCAAGACUCUACAUCCCUUUCCUCCUCUAAACAAAAAAACCAAAGAAAAAUUAAGUAUCCAAUGACAAAUUCGAUUUAUUUAACAGAAAAAUAGCCAAAAAAAAAAAAUGUUUUAAUCCAUGUAUCGCGAAGGGAGCUUUUUCGGUCUAGUUGGACGAUUCGGUGGAAGUUCUUUGCUAUCGACUCCAUCAUUAUUAUCCACUUCCUGGUGUUUUCUUUUAUUACCCAGAUUCAUUUUUACUGGACUGUCAGAUUCUGAGUUAUCGGACGAAACGAUAACGUCUUCUUGCGUCAUUCGUUCAGUGACAUCCUCUGUUGUCUUCUGCAAAGGAAACUUCCGCAAAUGGGAAAUUGGACGGCGAUACGUUGUUCCGUCUUCAUUCGCUACUAAUGUGUCACUUCCUGUCUUUUCGAUGACUGUAUAUUUUUCCAGCCGAAACUUGGGCUCCAACUUACCCGCUUCAUAGUUCCGUAUCAUCACUUUGUCACCGACUUCUAUUUCGGAAGUUUUAGCCUUUCUGCGUUCAUCUGCGUAGAUCUCCCUUCACUUUCCGGAUUGCAUCUUUUUCCCGUGUGCUCUCAUCUCUCAUCCAGUUGGGGUCCGUUCUUAGAGAGGGUAAUAAGUCCUUAACUGGCCUUCCUGUUAGCAGUUCAAACGGUGCUUUAUCCGUCGUCGAAUGAGGCGUGGUAUUAACCAUAUACACAUAAUCUUGCAAGGCUUUUCUCCAGUCAGUUUGGGUUACUUUCGCAAUGCGCAAUGCCCUCAAUAUCCCUUGGUUCUGCCUCUCGACUAGCCCGUUCAUCUGAGGCCAAUAAGGGAUAGCGUGGACCAAUCGAAUGUUUCUACUAGUGCAAUAUUCAGAAAACUCUACACUGGAGAAUGGAGGGCCAUUAUCGCAACGUAUAGUUUCCGGAUAAGUAUGCUCACGGAAUAGGGCCUCCAACACUUCAAUAGUCUUAGCCGCAUUUGUGAUUUUCAUUUCAGAUACUGAUAAGAACCGGCUGUAGUAAUCCACGGUCACUAAGAACGUGGCACACUCUUUGGCAGAGAAAAAGUCAAUUCCUAUCUGCUGCCAAGCACGUUCAGGCAUCUCCGUUCUUAUCAUUGGCUCGGGUGGAUUCUGUCUACUAACGGCGGAGCAACCAGCGCAUUGUUGUACAGUUUCAUUCACAUCGCGGUCCAUACAGGGCCACCAUAACUUCUCCCUCAAGUUUCGUCGCAUUGCAACGAUACCGGGAUGCCCUUUGUGCGCGAUUUGCAAUGCCAUUAUCAUUGGCUCGGGUGGAUUCUGUCUACUAACGGCGGAGCAACCAGCGCAUUGUUGUACAGUUUCAUUCACAUCGCGGUCCAUACAGGGCCACCAUAACUUCUCCCUCAAGUUUCGUCGCAUUGCAACGAUACCGGGAUGCCCUUUGUGCGCGAUUUGCAAUGCCCUCGAUCGCAACUUUUUAGGAAGUACAAUCCUGUCAUUCCUGACUACGAUUCCAUCGAUUGAUCCUAACUCAUUUUGAAAAGCUUGGUACCGGAAAAGCUCUUUUUCCCACUUAUCUGUUUUAAGGGCGUUAAUCACUGCCAUCAAAACCUGAUCUGCCUCUGUUUCUUUCUGAAUCUCUUUCAAAGUUAUCGCAGAAAGACCUUCGUUUAACGCAAACAGAAAGUGAUCUGAACCUUCAUCAAACGCUGCAUCGCACUGUGUAACUAGACGGGAGAGGAUGUCAGAAAUAUUUCUUGCUCCUGGAAUAAAACAAUUACUGUUACUUUACUUAAUUUAAAACGAUGUCAACCAUUCUUACCUGGAAUAUAUCGAACACGAAAAUUAUAAGGUUGUAAACGAAGUGCAAAACCUUCAGCCCUUGAACAGGCUCGUCUUCCGUUUUGAUGCUUGCCUUCAUAAAUAUAUUCCAGUGUCCUAUGGUCUGUAAAUACGGUGAAUUCGAGGCCGAACAGGUAGAGGUAAAAUUUCUCCACCGCCCACACAACCGCCAAUGCCUCUCUCUGGGUUUGUGGGUACACUCGCUCGGCAGGCGUCAAUCCCUUUGACGCAAAGCUUAUGAUUCUAGAAACACCCUUAUGAUCCUUCUGCGUCAACACUGCCCCCAACCCGACUGGUGAGGCAUCAACAUAAAGUUCAGUCGUAUCACACGGAUCGAAAAAUCCAAGCUUGCGCACGUUAUUAACCAGCUCGUUACGUAGAUCAUCAAAGGCUUUCUGCUGAUUAUCACCAAAUUUAUCAAUUUCUCCACGUACAAACAUCCGCAAAGGCUCAGAUCUGGUCGAAAGAUCGGGGAUGAACUGGCCCACAAAGUUAACGAGUCCCAAGAAGCUACGUACCUCUUCUUUAGAUGACGGCAGGCGAAAAUUCUUAAUGGCAGAUACUUUUUCUUCAGAAGGACUAAUCCCAGUAGUACUCACUUUAAAUCCGAGUAUCUCCAUUUCUUGUACUCCAAUGACGCAUUUCUCUUUGUUGAGUAAAGCAUUAUUAUCUUUCAAAACACGGAGGACUUCCUCCAGUCGCGCAUCGUGUUCUUCACGAGUCCUUCCGAACACAACGAUAUCGUCUAUAUAUAUUAUAACUCCCUCAAUUCCUCUCAGCAUCUCGGUCAUAAUCCUCUGAAAAAUUUCAGGAGCUGCGUUAAUCCCGAACAUGAGACGCUUGAAUCGCAUGAGUCCUUUUCCCGUCAUGAAAGUUGUAAUGCUCCGGGAGUCUGGAUGAAGCUCAACGUGAUGGUAAGCAGAUGUUAUGUCCAACCUCGAGUAAAAUUUUGAACCUUUCAAUUUAUUCAAAAAAGUGUCGAUAACUGGUAGUGGAUAAUGUUCACGUUGGACAGCUUCAUUAGCAUUCUUCAUAUUGAUGCAUAUUCUAACAUCAUCCUUACCUUUCGGUACCACUACCAUCGGGGAAAUCCACUCGGGGGAGCCCACGACUCUUUCUAUGACAUCACUCAAUAACAGUUCUUCUAGUUUGUCGUUGACUUUUUGCUCCAUGGCUGCUGGUACCCUAAGAUAGGCUACUUUCUUUGGAAUGAUCCGGUCGUCAAUAGACAACUUGACUAAUAUUCCAGGAAACUUCGGAAACGGUUUGACCAACCCAUCAAUGUUAGACACAUGUAGCCCAACCUUAAGGACCUUAAGCUCCUCAGCUGUGCUUUUACUCAACAACGAUCUUUGAGCUCCUUCGAUCACGAAAAAUUCCGCAUAACACUUGGGCUUCACUGGGUUGAUUGACAGCCAUGCUUCAAACAUCGCCUUAACCUGCAAAGGUUCUUGGCUAGCAUAACCGUUGAAUUGGCGAUCACAUUUCGUUCUAUAGUUGAAUACUUUUGUAUUUCGUUGCUGUAUAACGUCCCACGCUUCUUCAGUAACUGUGUUAAUCGAUGCUCCAGAAUCUAUAAGAAAUUCUACCGCCGUUUUGUCGAUCAUACAAGUGACAAGACCGCUGUCAAGGACAUGACCAUCCACCUAAUGAGAAGAAGAUUUUUUUUUUUAAUUCAAAAAUUCAUUUUAUUCAGUUCAUCAAUUCCGAGGUUCUACGAAACCUUAUUUUAUUAAUAAUUAAAGAAAACAAACAGUUCAAUUAAUCUUCAAAACGAAAUCAUUCUACCUUGGCAAUAUCUUCCGUUGUCGGGCGGUGUGGGAUUUCUGCUUUCCAAUGUUCUUUCGAAUCAACAAGCGAGUUAGCUUCGUUUCGACGUCUGACAGCAGGCUUUUUCGAUGACGGCGAUGAAUGAGUUCCAUCACACUUCCUGGCAUAGUGACCACUCUGUCCACAACGGUUACAGAUAGCUCCACGUGCCAAACACUCAAGUGACUCCGAUCCAUGAUUAUAUGAUCCACAACGCCAACACUGCUCUCCUCGCUGAAUACGAGCUGCACCUCUUCUAAAAUCCGGACGGAAAGGAGUUGUACGCUUUGUGAACGAAUGCUCGUAGCGCUGUGGUCUCCAAGUAUUCCUUCUGACCGAAAUGUUGUUGACUUCCGAUUGGCUUCUCUCCUUCUCUCUCUGUCUAACAAGAAUUUCCCGGUUGAUGGCGUAAUUGAUUAGCUCGUCCAAAUUCAUUACGCUCUCCAGACCCUUAUCUCGUACUUUUUCGUCCCGAGCGCCGAUCGUGAUCUGCUGUAAAAUCUCUGUGUCUUCACGAUCGCGGAAUUCACAGCGAGCCGCUUGUGUUCGGAGUCCGAGGAUAAAGGCAUUGAACGACUCCUCAGGUUUCUGUCUCAGACCACGAAAAACUUCGAGUUCCACACGAUCAUUCCGCUUACCAACAAAAAAUGCUUGUAAGCGCUUAACAGCGUUGUCAUACUCGGGCACUUCUCUUGGCAUAAGAGGGACCUUGACUGGCUCAGGAUAAAACUCAUCAGGUACUGCCCGUAGAUUGUAGAAAAUCCGCUGCAGUCCUCUUCCUCCCAUGGCCAGCAUUGUUGCCAACUUCUCGCGUUGAGAUUCCAUUUCCCGUAACUGCAUGAUGAGUUCGAAAGCCCGGUGCCACUCUUCCCAUUCUCUUCGCAAGUCCUGGGCAUCGACUGCAUCGUUAAACUGAGCCAAAGGGUAACGCAAUUUGUCUUCUCCGUUCAUCUGAAAUUUGAAGAACAAAACUUCAAUCAGUAAUCUUCAUUUUUCCUCUAGCAGAUUGAUAUACAAUUUUUAAAUUUUUUCAAUAUAAUAAUUCCUUUUCAUCCAAUUUCAAUUGCCACUAUCAUAACAAAUUGACUUCACUUUUACGUUGCGGUACUAGAGUUCUGGUUGUCAUUUAGAACUACAACACCUUUUUUUCUUAUUAUUUUUUUUUUUGCAAAUUUUCAAUUAGUUACAUCGCUUCGGAUUCCUCCGGUCUCGCUUCAAUUUUUUUUAAUUUCUCUUUAGUACAGCGCUUCGGAUUUUACCGGUCUCGCUUUUUCGUUUUUUUUUUCAAACAGCGCUUCGGAUUUCACCGGUCUCGCUUCUUCUUUUUUUUACACAGCGCUUCGGAUUUCACCGGUCUCGCUUCUCAUUUUCUUUUUUUUUUUUUGAACACAGCGCUUCGGAUUCCACCGGACUCGCUUAAUUUUCCUCCAGCACUACGGAUUUCACCGGCCUCGCUUAUAUUUCGUUUCAGUUUCCCGGAUUCUACCGAACUUCCUGUUUUAAUCAGUGAGAUAAAUUUUACAGCACAAAACAUUUACUAAUUUAUUCAUUACACACGCGCAUUAUUCUGAGCCUCCCGGAAUUGAAUUUCUAGUUUUCACAAACGAACCUCAUUCGUCUAUUCAAAUUUUGGACACUUGUAAAUUCUACUGGGGUACUUAAUGCUUCCACUAUUUCGAAAUUUAGAUAUUCACGCGAAUUUUCUAAUCCCGAUUUUCCAACUCACCAUUUUGUUUUCACCGGCUGCGCCAAAUUGUAGAACCUCGUGGUACGCAGUUGUAGCCAAACACGUCCGUCCUGCUUCGUGGUUGCCGUCAAAGAGAGCGAUUAUCAUUCGGCUUGGUUGUUCGUCCCCGUAAAUCGAUUACACACACAGAGAAACACUUUGACAACCGAGGGGUUUCCUAAUGGAUUAUUACAAGUGUUAUACACUGAGGUGAAUCGCAACAACUUUUACAACUGCAAGACUCUACACCAUCAAACACCUAAUAAAUUUUAUGUAUAGGUAGUAAGAUACGAAGCUACGGUCUUUGACAAAGCUGUUCAGCGGAAAAUUUCCCUUAGAAAAUUUAUAAAUUGGCACAAAAACCAUAAGCAGACUCAGUCCUACAGAAGAAACAAUAGUGAUGUUGAUUUUUCAGUACAAAAUAUUCAAUUUUCCCAUACAAACAUAAAAGUUCAAAUUUACUCAUGUACCUAAACGUUACUUAGAAAUUCUGCUAGAAAUCAUGGAUGAGUUUUGAACCAAAACGAAGCUUUUAAGACUCAAGGGUUUAAGAAAAUCGAAAAUGACCCAUUGUGCAUAGCUAUGUUACUUUUUAAAUAAAACUCUUAUCAAAAUGAGGUCUUGAAAUGAAAUGUUUGUCCUAAUUUGAGCAUUAAAAAAAACUUCAAAAUAGAUUGGCGGAUGUAGAAAAAAAAAGUGUUAGAUGAUUUUAAUGCUUGUCCCAAACAAAAUAUUUCUAAAGUUCAUACGUCCGAUCGGGCUCAGAUUGUGCAUGUGAACUUCGGGUAGGCCAAUGAUCAAUUCAGUCUAAAAAGCGUAAAAUGUUCAGCUGAUUUGGAUCACUCUACAACGAACAACCUUAAACGCAAAUAGAGGAAGAAUCUUAGGCUUUGUGGAAAAAAAUGGCGCUGCUUUAAUUUAUUAUACUAACACCUACCUACCGGAUGAACGUUGUUAAAAACACACACAAAAAUGCUAAAUUAAAUCAUCGAAAAUAAAAAAGAAAGAAAAGUUAUCGUAAUGCGUGAUCGAAUCGCACUACUCACUGUACUAUAUCGUAAAAAGAGAAGAAAAAAAAACAACUUACUUGGAAGUUUAGUUUCAAAUCGCGGGUUUCGCUUGGAAAACCUCUCCUAUAUUAUAGGCUUCUGUAUUACAUUAUAAAUAUAGAACGAUGUUGUCUAAAUUGAUUAGGGAUUCUAUUGUCAAUUGGGAUUUUUUUUCGUCUGUGUUUCUAUUGAAUCUUCUUGUUUAUGCAACCCAGUUUAAUACCAAAUACCUACAAUCUACAUGUUUGUUUUUUGAUUUUUAUUUUUGGCCUUAGAGACGAAC